AUGGUCUCACACUCUACACAAUCAUCAAGGCGUUCUAUUCGACUCAAUGUUUACUAUUUAACACCUUACCGUUCACUUCAUACUAUAUUCAAUUUAGUAACAUUAGGUUUAUUCACUCCUUAUCAUUCAGCUAUUGAAAUAGAAGGUUAUGAAUAUGCUUAUUAUGGUCACCCAUUUCAAUUUAGUGGUAUUAUGUCUGGUGCACCGAAUAAAGUUGCUAUGAUGUUAGCUUAUAGUAAAAUCUAUGGACAUACAUUAUUAUCUAAUAUGGAUAUUGAGGCAAAAUUACAUGAACUAGCUUUUAUGGGUGUGGAUUAUAAAUUAUUGCAUUUCAAUUGUAAUACAUUUGCUGACGCGUUUCUCUAUGCACUAACUAAACAUCAUUUACCACGUUGGAUUACUCGACCAGAACGUUGUCUUAGACGAAUAAAUUGUAUGCAUCGAUUCUUCAAUGGCAAUGAUGAUAUUGGUGACAGAAUUGUUAGUGCAUUAUAUAUCAAAUCUGCCGGUGAUCAAACAGCUGUUUUCAAGCUAUUAGGAAUUGUAAAUGAUCAACGCUUAACCACUUUUUAUGAAGUAAUGCUUCAAGAUUAUAUAUGUCGUGGAAAAAUUCCUGAUUUUGAACGUUUACAUCAAUUAUCUGAUCUUCAAAUCAAAGAUCAUCUAUCACAUAUUCAUAAUAAUUUUUUUUCAACAUUUCCAACGAAAAACUCGAUUACUUUAAAUAAAAUAUUUGAUAAUUUAGCUUCUCUUCAACGACAAUUAAUCACUUUAUUUCAAGUGCCUCAAUAUGAGCAUUUACAAAUUCUUAUUUGUAAUGGUAAUUCGUUGACAACAUUAGCUGGCGUUGAAUAUAUAAAACAUUUAUGGAAACUUGAUGUUGGAAAUAAUCAAAUUCGUAGUCUUCAGCAUUUAUCACGUUUUAUAGCACUUGGUUCACUUAUUCUUUCAAAUAAUAAUAUAACAUGGAUUGAAUUACAACAUAUUCGUCAUAUGUUUAUUCUUGAUUUAAGACUUGAUGGAAAUCCUAGUCUUGAUGCUGAUCCAAACUAUCGUCAACAUGUACUAGAUUGUUUACCACGAAUUUGGAUGUGUGAUGGAAUUUUUGUUUCAACUGCAGAACGAAAUCAAGUAGAUGAAUUUUUUACACAAUCAUCAUUAACACAAAAACCUGUUCGACGAAAAUUGGCACGUGAUAUAUUUAUGCCAACAAAUUUAAAAGAUCGUUCAAUUAAUGGACUUUUUGGAGCAAAAGCAACUGAAUUAUUUGCUAGAUUUCCGAUGAACUGUUUUGUUAAUUCAGAACUUGAUAGAAAACGAAUAAAACAUUUAGCUUAUACUAUUCAAGAUUUAUUACUUACUGAAAUGAAAUACGAUGAUGAAAAAAGACAUGAUGAAUUUCUCACAGAAAAUCGUCAUAUGCUUCUUCAAAUGAUCGAUCUCCGACAAACACAUAUCGAAGAAUUUAAUAUGCUUCUUAUUUUACUUAUUACUGAUAUUCUUUUUCAACUUCCUGGUGAAUUAUUACAUAAUGUUUUAGAUGUUACUCAUAUAAAAAUUAUUGGAAAUUUAAAUAUUCCUAAUAUAUUUUCAUCAAGUGAACAAUUAAAAUGUAUGAUUGCAUCCCUUGUUCAUGCAGGUGCACGACUUGAUCGAGAUGAAAAUCAUCCAUCAGCAUUUUAUGAUAAACUUUUUAAUAGUCUAUCAGUUGUUCUUACACAUCAAGUAAGACAAUUAUCUUCUUCAAAUACACAGUCAGUUCAUCCAAAUCCUGGAUUAAUUUCGGAAGCAAAAUCAAUGAUUUGUCUUGAGGUUAUGCAAGUAUUAAUUAUGUGUCCAUCAUUUUAUACACUUAUUGAUAACACAAGUGUUAAUGCUAUUUUAAAACAAGCAUUAUAUCGGUCACCAGCAUAUGGAAGUAUUAAAGAUGUAUUAGAAAGUUUUAAUGCUGAUCAAAAAACAGGUGAAGAACAAAAAGAGUUAUUAAGUUCAAUUAUUGGUAAUAUAUUAAAGAUGGCUAUUCGAACAUUAUCAACUAAACGAAUAAAAAAAAUUAAUGAACCAUUACCAGCAGUUUAUGAUACGACAACGCCAGAAAUUGAAAACUCAAAUAGACGAUUACAAGAACAAACUAUAUCAUCACCGAAAUCUUCACAACGUACAAAUGUUAAUCGUGUACCGGCUAUUGGUGAUCGUAUAUUAACUGCUCCACAAAGUUUUGGUCGUAUUGUAACAUUACCCGAUGCAGAAAUUGCAAUGAUUCAACUUGAUCAUGUUCUUGCUCAUAAUGGUGCGAUGAUUAGUAGUGGUUCAGCAAAUGAACAUACUACUUAUGUUAAUAUGAAUAAUUUUGAAUGGGAUCCUUCACAUGAAUAUUGGAAACCAAAAUUUGCAUCUGGUGAUAAAAUAACAUUACAAAUGACAACAAUACGAAGUGAAACACCUCGAUUAGUUUCUCCUCUAUCAACUCCACCUCCACCAAGAACAAUAGCAUCAAAAACACCAGAACCUAUUGAAAAAGGACGUGUUACACCAAAACUUUUUGAUAUGAAUCUUAAUAAAUCAAAAGAAGCAUUUGUUGAUGCACCACGUGAAACAAUUCCUUCUCCAUUAGUUCCUAUUAUUCAUCAAGAAACAAUUCGUCAUUCUCAAGAAGUAUCAAAAUGUUCUCCACGAGCUCCUUCUAAUAAUCAAGACACUAUUCAUCAUUCUCAAGAAAUAUCAAAUUCUUCUCCACCAAGUUCUCCAAUAACUGAACGUAAAGUGGUUAUACCAGAAGAAAUGCCAAUGGAACGUCCAAUGUCUGUUCGUAUAAUAAAACAAAAACAAGAACAAGUAAAGACUUCUGUCAAUGGUGAAACUGUUUCUACAUCACCAGUUCUUAUUGAAUCAAUGCUUUUACUUAUGCCUAAUCAACCUCAUGUACCCAUUGUAUCAUUUGAACAAACACAACGACAAGCAAAUUCAUUAACUAUCAAUGGUUAUGAACCAUCACGUAACAUGUCAAUGCUUAACCAUUCAUCAACUGUUCCUUUAACACCAACUAAUGGUCGACGAUCAGCAACACAUCGUGCUCAUGUACCAGUACACAAUGCUUCACAAUGGUUUAAUGGACCUGAUAUGCAAAAUGAACGGACAGGUCGUAUGGAAAAAGUUGUUGCUUCACUUGUACGGCGAUCAUUUCGACCAUUUGCUACUUAUGCCAUGCCACGUGCACCAACAUUAACAUCACCAUCAUCAAGAGAUCAUGCUCAAUAUAAAGGAGUUCGACCAGAAAGUUUUCAAGAUUUUUGUAUUGAAAGCCAUCGAAUGACAACAACACCAUUAAGUUUUGUUCGACAAUCUCAAUCACCUAAAGGACGCUAUACAUCAUCAAUACGUUUGCAUGAUUUUAGUCGUACGAGCAAUUCUAAUCAUAAUGUACAUCGUGCUAAAUCAUUGAUUAAUCCACCGUGUCCAACACCUUGGAUGUAA